AUGGGUUCUCUCCUUGAAUCGUCCACGACAGAAGUUCUGUACACAGCAGCCGGGCUCAACGAGAAAGUUUUUGUCCAGGACGACAACGUACUCCCAACUACGAUCAGACUUCAGCCGCCGCCAUUCGAUGAUAAACUCGGCUUGGCCCGCAUCGAUGUCAACCCUCCUGGCUCUGUGGAUAUAGUCGCCGAACUAUUGCAGAAGAACCAUGAGAAAUGGCACAUGUACUUUCGCGACGUGGCUGGGCACAACCACAUCCCCCACGCAAUCCUUAGCACAUUCGCCAUGGGAGGUGGUCCACAAGAGCUUCACAGGGCUUAUGAUGACGGCGAAUCCAUCCAACGGCCCAUGCCGCCCGUCUCUCCGCAGGCUGUCCGGGAAAUGAGUGAUCCAGUCAAGUUCCGCGAACGCAUGCACAUCCUCGACCAGUACCCCAAUUUUCUAGCAUUCUUCGAACAAGAGAUUGCCGCGAAAGGAGGCGACUGGCAGGCAGUCAUCCUGGAGCACUGUUUCAAGCGGACUCCAUUGAGCGACUUGAUGAUGGCCCAGCUUUUCGAGGGUCUCUACCAUCCCUUCAUUCACCUGGGCUUUGGCGUCGAGUUCGGCUUGUCUGGUCUGGUGGCCGAAGGACUGGCCCAGACCGCCAGCCACGACCCGAUGUACAUUGACGCUUUCUUCCAGAAGGCCGAGAAGCUUGCCGAGACGGGUUCUGUGCCACGUCAGCGUCUUAUGGAUUUAUACCGCCAAACGCGCGCCAGCGACACCAUUCGUACCGCCCCUCGCAUGCCCGAUGGACCGUGGAAAGUGCGUGACGGUGUCCUCGGCCGGGCCAUGGACGAGAUCGUUACAGUGGCGGCACAGUUCCAGGUUGAGCCUACCGAGGAAGAUGUGGAGCGCGCCACGGCCGAGAUGAUCAGCUGUGCCGCAUGGUCGUGCGCCGCAAGCCACAAGCCAGGCAAAGAGCGCAAGAUCGACUUUUUUCUGAUGCAUGCUGUGACCAGCUCGAUCUUCAUCACAGUCCUAGCCCGCCAACCCUGGAUUCCCAUCGCGGAUAAGGCUCGCUUGGUUGAAUGGAAGGCCCGCCUGGAUUUGGUGUGGUAUGCAGCCAGCGCAGCCCCUGAGCUAAAUGAUGAGUUCAUCGUCGAUUAUGAGCCCACACUGAGCAGAGGCAUGGACUGGCGCCAGCUGUACCAUGCUUUGAACCGACAUCACGAUGAUGGGCAUGUGGCCAAAUUUGUCCGUGCCAUCAAGAACGGCCAAGAGGUUGCCGCACCUUUCGAGCAGUCUCACGCCAGCAGCCUUCCUAUCAAAGGCGACCUAUGGCUGAAGGUUGCACAGCUUUGUUACGAUUCCACCGUCAUGUAUGUCGAGGGCGAGAAGAAAUGGGUUUGGGGUGCUGGGUUCGAGCCUAUGUGGGCGAGGGUCCGAGAUGAGGUGAAGGGUUAA